UGUUUAAUUUUCUUGCCCAAUUACUUCACAUACAUAUGUCAUUAUAUUCAUUUUCUAAACUUUCUCUUCCUUCUCAUUUCUCACCCCCCACACACACACGACAUCGGAAAUCCUCGCCGGAGUCCCAUCUGACAAGUGCCAAUAACUCUAAACAGUUGAGUCUCUUUACUACAUCCUUUAUUUUUUUAUUUUUUUUGUAUUUGCAUAUGUUUCUUCAUCAUAUCAUCAUAUAUAUAAAAAUAAAAGUCAAAUCACAACCUUCUAUAUACUCUUAUCUCACAUAGUAAAUUUCUCAUAAAAUCUCACUGUUUUUCUCAGCAUUUAUGAAGCUUUUAAAUCCAUCAACCACACAUCUUUAAUGCCCUUAUUAUUUUCAAAGUCAAACCUUGAUCAUCUUCUUUCUCAUUUCCAAUUUCUUCAUUUCAAAAUCUUCUUUCAAAUACCUCAAAAAAGCAUUCAAACAUGUUACAUGAAUAUAACAUUUUAGGAUUCUUCGCAACCUUAAUAAUAACAACAACAACAUACAUAGUACAAGCAUCAAAUUGUACUCGUACGUGUCAAAAUAAUAAUAAUCUUCCAAAUAACCCAAUAAUUCCAUACCCAUUCGGUUUCUCAGAUAGUUGCCACAUCAAACUCAACUGUUCACAAAACGGCGAAAUCCAAAUUGGAAACUACACCGUGAUAAACAUCACACAUGAUCACAUAAAAUUAAAAUUCCAAAACAAUUGUGACCGUGUGUUAAAAAGCCAAAUGUGGUUACUUAAUCACACGAAUUUUGCCCUUAGUUCACGUAACGGGUUGUUACUCGAAAAAUGUAUCAAUUCGUCGUUAAUUCCUUGCAUGGUUUCAUCAGCUAGUAAUAAUAGUAAUACUACUAUUACUAGACCUUCUGAUUAUCGUUUUAGUAUACCUCAGUGUGAUACAAAUAGGACCGAAAAUUAUUGUUUUUCUGAUGAAAAUCCUGGAUAUGAUAAGUUUAUGGAUUUGGAAAAGUUGGAAAGUUGGAAUUGUGAGAGGUUUUUAUCGUCUGCGAUUGUUGACGGAAAUAGUGAAGGAAUUAAUAAUAAUAAUAAUGGUAGUAGUUUGGAGCCGAACACUAAUAGUACGGCUACUGUGUCUUUAGAGCUUCAAUCUUUGGAAUUGGGAUGGUGGAUGAUUGGAGAUUGUAAUUGUGAUGAUAACGCGGUUUGUGUUAAUGUUAGUGUUGGAAAUCGGAGAGUUGGGUAUCGGUGUCGUUGUAAUGAUGGGUUUGCCGGAGAUGGAUUUGUUGCCGGAGAUGGGUGCCGGAAAGCAAAGAAAUGCGGCGCUUCAAGGUACAUGUCUGGCGAAUGUGGCGGAACAACAAGAGUAGGUGUACUCAUCGGAGGAAUAGUUGCUGGAGUUUCUUUAAUGUCAACUGUGGCACUUGUUUGCUACUGCCUUAGAAAACGGGCCGCUUUAAAGAACCAACGAAGUGCAAGACGCCAAUUUUCAGAAGCUACAAGUAGCUUUAACGUUCCAUUUUACCACUACAAAGAAAUUGAGAGAGCCACAAAUUCCUUCUCUGAGAAACAAAGAUUAGGUGUAGGAGCAUAUGGUACAGUAUAUGCUGGAAAACUAAAUAGCAACGAGUGGGUAGCUGUUAAAAAGAUACGACACAGAGACACAGAUGUAAACGGAGAUGAUCAAGUAAUGAACGAGAUCAAACUUAUCUCUACAGUAAACCACCCGCACCUAGUUCGCCUGUUGGGUUGUUGCAUUGAAAAAGGCGAGCAGAUUCUUGUUUAUGAAUUUAUGCCAAACGGAACGCUUUCACAACAUCUGCAAAAAGAAAGAGGAAAAGGUCUUCCAUGGACAGUGCGACUUACCAUUGCAACUGAAACCGCACAUGCCAUUGCUCAUCUUCACUCGGCUAACCCGCCCAUCUACCAUAGAGAUAUUAAGUCCAGCAAUAUACUACUUGAUUACAACUAUAACUCAAAGGUAGCAGAUUUUGGUCUCUCUAGACUUGGGAUGUUAGACGACUCACAUAUAUCAACCGCCCCACAAGGAACACCGGGGUAUGUUGACCCACAGUACCAUCAAAACUUCCAUCUUUCAGAUAAAAGUGAUGUUUAUAGCUUCGGGGUGGUUCUUGUAGAGAUAAUAACAGCUUUAAAAGUGGUUGAUUUUUCUCGCAAUCAUACUGAAAUCAACUUGGCUGCUCUUGCUAUAGACAAAAUCGGCAAAGGUUGUGUGGAUGAAAUAAUAGAUCCAUAUUUGGAGCCAAAUAGAGAUGCGUGGACACUUUCGUCUAUUCACAAGGUAGCUGAGCUAGCAUUCCGAUGCCUGGCUUUCCAUAGAGAUAUGAGACCAUCAAUGACAGAAGUAGCGGAUGAACUGGAACAGAUUAAACUCAGCGGGUGGAGCAUUGUUGACGAUGAUGUAACCAUGGCAUCAUCAGUUGCAUCAGUUUCUUCAUCACCGUAUAAUGGCAGUGAGAAAUCAUUUGGUGGGACUAUAGUGAAAAAGGUGAUUGGAAGUCGGAGACUGGGGGUUCCUCAAGUGAUACCCGACUGUUUAAAGAAAACAGAAGAGGAAAAAGAUAGUUCACCUGUUUCUGUGCAGGAUCAGUGGUUAAGUGGGCAAAGUUCACCGUCAUCCAACAGCUUGUUAGGCAAUGUUGCUAGAUCAAAGUGAAACAAUGAGAAGCUCCUUAACCUGUGAAUAUUGAAAAUUCAUGGAUACAUAACCGAACAUAUUAGUAAAAAAAUUGUGAUUUCAUUA